GACAUGGGGAUGCGGAAAUACUGAACCGUUGUUUUGCUAGCUUGAAUGAUAGCACCGAUAGUCAGUUACAAUUCAUUAUAUGUAUCCUGUAACAGUUUAUAAGUAAACAACACCCAUGGUCAGGAUGACUCAGAGGCACUGCCUGGAGGGCCAGGUGUACUCAGUGCCUCUCGUCCAGCCAGACCUGAGAAGAGAGGAGGCUGUCCAUCAGAUAGCAGAUGCAUUACUCUACCUGGAGACCAUCUCUACGGACAUUUUCAGAAGGGUGUCUGACAGUGUAGAGAAGAACCGCUGCCAGCUGAAGAGCAUCACUGACCGGAUCAGACUAGCUCAAGCCCGCGUCGACAAGAUCAAAGGCAGUAAGAAGGCCACCAAGGUUUUCUCCAGUGCCAAGUACCCGGCCCCAGAUCGACUUGAGGAUUACUCAUCAAUCUUUGCUGAGGCUACAGACCCCUCUUCACAAACCCGUUCCCGACAUAGGAUACAGAAUAAACUUCGACCCUUUGAUGAGAAGGCCUUGGAGGAGAAGCUGAUAUAUUUCCCAGUGUGUGUGAGCAAUAAGAAGAGGUCUGAGGAUGAGACGGAGGAGGGGCUGGGCAGCCUGCCACGCAACAUCUCAUCUGUCAGCUCGCUGUUGCUCUUUAAUACCACGGAGAACCUAUAUAAGAAGUAUGUGUUCCUUGAUCCUCUGGCGGGAGCAGUGACAAAAACACACACAACACUAGAGACAGAAAAAGAACAGAAGCCGUUUGACGCACCGUUGUCCAUUACGAAGAGAGAGCAGCUGGAGAGACAGACAGCAGAGUCUUAUUUCUAUGUGCCAGACCUGGGCCAGGUGCCCGAGAUAGAUGUGCCGUCCUACCUGCCUGACCUGCCAGGCAUCGCAGACGACCUGUCCUACAGCGCCGACCUCGGGCCUGGAUUCGCCCCAUCCGGACCCACCCUCAACAUCCCUGAGCUGCCCUCCAUCACAGAGGAGAGCACCGCACCUGGACCUCAGCUCCAACCUAAUGUUCCACCUCCUCCACCACCUCCCCCUCCACCUCCUCCUCCUCCUGAGCCUGCCCUCGCCCCGGCGACUCCUGCAGGAGCUCCUCCUCCUCCUCCUCCACCUCCUCCUCCUGUUGACGGCCCCACGGAAGUCUCUCGAGCUCCAAGUUCAGGCCCGGUGUCUGGUGCUCCCAGCGAGGUGGUUCAGCCGUCAGACAGCCGUGCCAGUCUCCUGGAGUCUAUCCGCAACGCCGGUGGCAUCGGCAAGGCCAAGUUACGCAACGUCAAAGAGCGCAAGAUGGAGAAGAAGAAACAGAAGGAGCAAGAACAAGCAGUGGGAGCGGCAUCUAGUGGUGGAGACUUUAUGUCUGACCUCUUCAAUAAACUUGCCAUGCGAAGGAAAGGCAUAUCUGGUAAGGGUCCAGUGGGUGGGGAGACGGCAGAUGCUCCCGCUGGUACCGGCGGUGCAUUUGCCAGGAUGUCGGAUGUCAUCCCACCACUUCCUGCCCCACAUUCAACAACGGAUGACGAUGACUGGGAAGCAUAACUCCACGGACGACGAACACUUGAAGCACUGAUAAUGAAAGCAUUCGGUAGUGUUGGGAUCAUUUUGUGUACAAGGGACUUCCAAUCACACAAUAUUAUGAUCAAAAUUUCUCCAACUAACAGAAACUCUCACUGUAAGAUAGGCAACUGACUUCAUAAUGAUAAAACAUAACUAAAAUCCAAUUAAUAAUAAUUAUUAACAAUUUAUUGAUAAUGAUAUUCAUUGUAAAACAUAUUUUCAGAAGAUAAACAAGCAGACCAGUCAUUUCAUCUCUCCAUUUAAUAAGUUUGUUUUGCAUGACAUAACACUUUACAUCGAGUGCUUUAAAUAUUUAAUAUCUUCUCCAAGUGUGAAUCAGUCACAUUGAUGCUUAAUUCACUGCUGCUUCAGAAUGUAUUCAGUAUUUUUUUUUUAUUAUUAAUUUUUGCCUCUAACAUGUUCUUGGCUGAAUUAGAAGAUACUGCAGGUCUCAUUCAACUGACUCAAUCAGAUAAAUGAUCCCUUUGGCCUUGGUCUGCAGUGUGCCAUCAAAUACUUAUCGUCAUCAUUCUCUAAUUCAUCUUCACGUCUCUAAACCAGAGCUGUUAGCAAGCCAAAGCAGAACAUAAGCCACAGAUAAGAUCUGACAGUUUGCAUGCAAAAUAAAGAGUGUGAUGUACUGAAAACAGGAAAGCUGCCUCCCUGGUUUAACCUUGAACUCGGGCCAGGAGCACUCAGACAUCCGAUGGCUUCAGAACGUUCAGGAACGUAAACAUGAAGCAGCAUAAAAGAGCUGCGGCCAUCUUGUGAUAAGGAACUUAUUUCAUAGCCCUCUAAUCGUCUUUGUAGUUUUUAUUAGAAGACAUUACAAUUCUUGGGUUGUUAAAAUUGCAGAGUUAGUUUCACUGGGUUUCCCCCAUAGUUCUUAACCCUGGUCUUGUAAAGUGGAACACGUGGGAAAUGUCAGUUGAAGCUGCACCGCUUCUUGUCCAGGAAGAACUGGGAAAGAAUAAAGACAACAUAUGA